AUUAGGAAAUCAAAAGACUGAAACAAGACUGUUGUGUUCUCCAAAAAACGCAAAGGAAGGGAACGCAACUGAUGUGAAACCGUGUCCAUGCCGUUGUUGUGUUGUUUGUGAAAUUUUGUGUUCUCUCGCGUUGUCGUGGUUUAUUUCCCCCAUUCCCUGCGGUACGCCAGAAGAGGAACGCAUACUCAGCAGGCAGGCAGGCAGGCAGCAGAAGCAGUAGAUCUCCCUUCAAUCCAGUUGGCGGCGUGUUGCGGUCCUCCGGAACGAUUUUAAUGCAAAGGAUGCGCCGCCGAGUGUAGUGUGCUGUGACGACAACGACAACGACCACGGCAUCAAUUAAGUGGUGGACGCGCGACGACGACAGUUUUUCGACAAUAAUUGAUGUGUAAAGUGUGUGUAGUAAAAGUGGAGAACAUUUCCGCAGCAGUACACUCGUCGUGACGCGGUGGUGACGGUGGCGAGCAGGAGGAGAAGCCGUUGUGUUGUUCGACCUAUAUCUCCUGGAACCGCGAGUACCAACAAGCGCACCAAGGUGUCGGCGACAGCAAAGACUAAAGCCCGAUUAUGGCACUGUUAUCUAAUGGUGCUACCUCGAUGCAGAUAACGGCACAGCCGGCCAACGGUGGCCCCAAUGGUGGCACCGGUGGCAACGAAGACUUCAACUCAAACGAUCAUCUGUUCUUCUCGAGCCUGUUCAACGCACUGCCCCGCUGGGAUGGUGGGCAGCUUAAGACGAGCUCGGGACCGGUGAUGGUUCCACAAAGCAAUCACAACUCGUCACUGGACGGUGAUAGCAUUAGCAUAACGGAGGAUCUGCUGUUCUCCAACGUGUUGGGUGCAAUCGGAACAGGUAGCAGCUCGGUUGGUAGCGGUGGAAGCCAGCAUGGACACAUCGGUGCCGGUGGACACGGGAUGGUCGGCGGCGGUAGUGUCGGCAUUAUCGGUCCCAGUAACGGCGGUGGCAACAACGGAUCAUCGAGCGUGGCCAGCGAAAUACUCGGUGCAAUCGGGAGCUCUUCCCAUCACAUGACACCCAGCACAUCACCGCAGACAAACUCGUCGAACGGUAGCCACUGCCCAUCGUCGGUCGGUGCAAUCUGUGGUCGGUGCGAUACGCACGCUUCCAGCCGCUGCCUGGACUGUAACGAUGUGCUGUGUGAGGAAUGCACUCAGUUGCACACGAAGAACGCCUUCACGAAGGAGCACUGCGUGAUCUCGAUCAACACGAUCUCACCGAUUGGAUCGGCCCCCUGCAUGCUGUCAGGGAAUGGUGGCAAUGGCGGUGGUAGUGGUGGCGUCAGUAUUGUUGGCGGUGUAAACACCGGAGCUGGGGUACUAUCGGAACCACACUGUGACGUGCACGGUGAGGUGCUGCGCUAUUUGUGCGAAUCGUGCAAGAAGGUCGUCUGCCAGGAGUGUACACUGUGGGAGCACAAGGAUCACUCGUGCAUUCCGGUGUCGAGCGUACAGCACGGUGCUUCGGACAAGAUCCUCUCGAUACUGGAAAGCGGGAAGCUGGGUACGAAGUACAUCAAGGCGAGUAUCGAUCGUGCGGUCACGUAUUCGCAGGCAGUCGAACGCGAUGCCAUGGAAGCGUCGGCUCGCAUUCGCAAAGCGAUGCGUCACUUCAUACUGGCCGCGGAAGAUCGCGAACGGACGCUGCUCGAACGGGUGGACAAGUUCCGGCAGCAGAAGCUAACCUCGCUCUCGGAUCAGAUGGCCGGUUUGCGGGCAGCACUCGCUGGACUGUCACAAACGUCCGAUAUGCUAACCAAAGCGCUCGAUGCGGUACCACUGAUGAGCAGCAUGGAGAUCGCCAAAACGUUAACCACGGGCGAGAACCAGAUGGAACAGUUCGCAGCGAUGUACAAGAAUUUGCAGCCGAAGGAAGAAUUCAUCACGUUUGUUGCGCCCAACUUUGAACUGCUGCAGGAAAUCCGGAUGCAGGGUGAUGUGAUGCUCGUGGGACAGCGCAGCAACUCGGUAUCGAGCAAUGGGUCAUCCGGUGGAAUGUCCUGCUUGCAGGGUAGCCUCGGGAGCGGCGGCGGAGCCGGUGGUGGUGGUGGAAUGCUAGGAUCAAACAACGGUACCACAGGAGGAGGAGGAGGAGGAAACGGAUCGAGUGUUGUCGGUAGCGGCCUUGGUGGUGGAAACAUUCUCACACGUCGACCGAUCGUUCGCAGUACCACACCGGCACAACAGCGCAUUGGUUCGUCCACCUGGGAACCAAUGGGAAAGGGUAGCGAUAGAGGAGGUAGCGGUGGUUCAGGAAGCAUCGGGGCAGGAGGUGUAAGUCUCGGUUCUUCACCUGGUUCCUCUUUUGGCAUUGGACCGAUUCCGGGAGCUCCGAUCAUGGGUCAGUGCAUUCCCGGGUGUGGGAACCACGUUUCCACCAAGCCGGCCGUCGGUCCGAGUCUAACGUUUGGAUUCGAUGGACAUGAGGAUGGGCAGGUGUCGCGUCCUUGGGGCAUUACCGUUGAUAAGGAUGGACAUAUUCUGGUGGCCGAUCGGCGCAACAAUCGCGUGCAGAUCUUCUAUCCCGACGGUACGUUUAAGCUCAAAUUCGGUUCCAAGGGUACGGCAAAUGGGCAGUUCGAUCUGCCUGCCGGUAUCUGUACCGACGGGCAAGGGCGGAUCAUCGUCGUCGAUAAGGACAACCAUCGGGUGCAGGUGUUUUCGGCGGCCGGAGUCUUUCUGCUAAAGUUUGGCAGUUACGGUAAAGAGUGCGGUCAGUUCCAGUACCCGUGGGAUGUGGCGGUCAAUACGAAGGGCGAAAUAUUGGUGACGGAUUCGCGCAACCACCGGAUCCAACUGUUUAGCCCCGAUGGACUGUUCAUAUCGCGCUUCAGCUUCGACGGUGUCAACCAUAGCCGGUACCUGAAAGGUUUGACCACGCCGCGUGGUGCCUGCUUUACGCCGCAAGGUGAUAUUAUCAUUUCCGAUUUCGAAAACCAUCGUCUGCUGCUGAUAGAUGCAACGCUCUCGAAGGUUCUAGCUGCCAAAGGCCACGAAGGAUCGGCGGUGCACGAAUUCAGCCGCCCGUCCGGUAUCUGUUGUGAUGAUGAUGGGCGCGUGAUAGUGGCUGAUUCCAAGAAUCAGCGCGUUCUUAUCUUCACACCUCAGCUGGAGUUCCUCUGGGCGACUGAAAUAAGACCCUCGUCGAACGGAUUGCAUGCGAUCGGGAUGGACGAAAAGGAUCGUCCGAGUGAUGUGGCUCUCCUGCCCGACGGUCGUCUCGUAGUGAUGGUCGAAACAUCGCCAGACGCCCGUGACCAGUGCAGCCCACAGAAAACGUUCAUUCAAAUCUACUAAUCAUCAUCAAUCCCGCUAGUGUGUGUGUGAGUUAACUCUGAUGAAGACAGCUGCCAAAAUCCGCUGAAAAAAAACACGCACACCCACCACCCCCGGGAUAUGGAGGACACUGCUUUCCCUCCUCUCCUAUUGUGGUGCAACACCACACUUAGGCUUUUCAGGAUGUAUGAUAUAUUCACCGUUCCGUCGCAACGUGCACCACAGUCACACAGCGGCAGGCUCGGGACGGAAGGUGAUUGUUAAUUUAUAUCUACUUACACCACUUUCUAGCAUAUUACUUGCUUUCCAGAACGCUAUCUACCUCGAAACGUGUGUGUGUGUGUUUUUUUUGUUUAAAAGGCGUGUUCACAACACGCGCGAUCCAUUACUUUUUAUAUUAUUUUUUGAACAAAUUAUGAACAACAAACUUUUAGAAAACCUUUAACGAACAUGACAACUAAAAAAGAAGAAAAGAAUGGGAACACGAUCAGAUGUAGGUGCGAAACACGAAAAUUUCCCUCUAAAAUCUGACUGUAAUGUGACUGAGCGUAUUUGUGUGUGUGUAUAGCGUGUGUAGAGUGUGUAGAGAACAAACUGGUUUAACAGAAGCUAAAAAUGAAUUUAAUCGGCAACUUGAAAGUACAAGCAAACAGCAAACUUUAGAAGAAAAGCAAUGAAAAGAAGAGUAAGAGGAAGGCGAAUGGAGUGAUAGUCGCAAAUGAUGAUGAUUCUUGGUUGGAAUGAGUGAACCCGCAGAGGUAACGAGGGACAAAUGGUGCAAACCAGUGGUUUGGGGUAGAGAGAUUGAGGAAGAGCCGGUCCUUUUUGUCGUGGGUCCUGUAACCGUGUGUGAUGUGUUCUUGUUUUUGAUAGUUUUGUAAACGAAUCGUGUCUCCAGCGUGUAGCGAAUGGAUCAAAUCUAAAGCGUCAGUAGAAGACAGAAAGAGAGAAAGAGCGAUAAAGAUGCUGAGGGCUGUCCUAUAACAGUUUCACAGUAAUGUUUAGAUAUACAUAUACACCUAGAGAUAUAUAACAAGAUGAUGAUGCAUCGUAAAUAUAGUACAAUUUUAGAUAAAAUCAGCCGCAAAAGCGAACCUACACAAACACAGCUAGACUAAUUGGCGUAGAGCCGAGCCGCCGUCUCCCGAUUUUAAGGGAGAUAGAGAGAUUAAACGAUACCGACGAGGGAAGGAGGGCGGGCGCACCAUGGGAGUAAAAAGCCAUGGUGUUUGGUCGUGGUUGAUGAGUGUCGUUUUACAUUUUUUAACUAUUCGUUCUCUACUUGUUUCUAUUUGUUCGGUUUGAUAGGUUCCAAAUGUUCAAAGAGUGCGACUCUUUUGAGAAGAAGUUUAACGAACUAGUAAAUUAGUAGUAGUAGAGGAGGGAAUGAAUGUGAAUAUGAUAUGUUUUAAACGAGCGUUUUCUACGAAUAUUAAUUUUAAUAAUCUUCCCCUUGUGCGUAUAGAGAAGGACGAUCGCUAAAGGUGAUGGAGGCAACACAAAGAUUAACGCUACAAUUACUUAUCCAACAAGACUGAACUGGAAAGCGAGAAAAAACAUUUUAAGAGAAUCAACAGCUUGCCGAUAACGGCGCUAGAACAUUUGAACUUGUAUUCUUUUACUUUUUUAAAAAUCAAAACACUUCUUAUUCAUAGUUUCAUUUAGAACAUGUUUGAGUUCGGUAUUUUAGAUUAAGUGCGCUACCCAGAAGAUACAUGCGGAGAAUGUGGGGAUUCUUUUUCCAAAAUAUUGUUCAAACUCCUCCUCAGAGUCAUAUUAUGCUUGAUGGCGACCGAUAAAAGCACAGACUUAGACUGGGCAGAUAUACGCUUUCAACGCUUUAGCCACAUCGAAUCCCUAGUUAGGUUUCUGUUUAUUUUUACUUUUAGGUUUCAUGCUUUUGUUAUUUGCGGAUUGAUUUGAGUGUGAUUAUUGUAGCAUCACAUUUCGAUUCGUAGAAGAGAACGGCUUCAAACACUCUGACAACGAUUACAUAUGUUCGUCAUUUUAAAUUUCGUAAAUUGUAAUCGAUUUUUCAUAUAGGAUACACAAGCCCCAAGUGUCAGGAAUCAGGUGUAGUUAGCAUAAUUCUGCAUUAACAUGAGAUAGCGUCACGCUCCAAAGACAGGAUAUGGACCAGGGACAGUUUCCAUAACAAAUCUGAACAAUUUUGGCUGAUUUUUCAAAGUUAGUUAGGCGAUGAUCUGGCGCAAUGGUAGCUGCUGACCCCGAGGUAGUGUAACUCACCUUACAUAAGUUUGCGUAUGCGAUAAAAUGCAGAUAAUGCGUGGCAAUCGCUAUUACUCAUUUCCCAGAAGCGUUCAAACUAAUCAACGCGAUACGAAAAGCCUAUCGGCCAUUUUUGUAGUGAGACGAUACUAUCGUUUCAGUUGUGUCCAGAAGCAGUGCUGCUGUUAAGGAACCAACCAUUGUUUUCUUCUUUUCUACUCGAAAGAAGUCUUAAAGAGGAAUAAGCAUAUUGUUUUAUGGUUAAUUUUGUUAAGUAAACUCUGCUGUAGCUUGUGUUCUUGAUCGUUUUGUAACGUUUUAGUCUCAAGUAGCGCAUUAUUAUUAUAAAUAUUAUGAAUCAAAACGAUUUAAACUUAAUGCCAUGUACAAACUGUGUCCCAGUCAUGAAAGAGGGUGCUGUUGCUCUGCGGCGAGUAGUCGUACGAGUCGAACAACAACACCUCACUAACCGCAGAUUGGCUUAUGCGCCUGAGCGAGUUUUGUGCUUAUUUAAACAUAUAUGCUUUAAUCGAAUCAGAAUCAUAGGGACGAUUCAUUCGAGAAUCGUCGCCAAUUAAUGACGCCCAGGUUGAAGAUCACAUCUUCACCACGUAGAAACGCGGAAAAAUCGGAUUCUCGGUUGAUGGGUUCGGAAUUCCCAUUGUGGGGAAAGAGAAUCUCGUUUACAAACAUAUUCAUAAAUAGAAUUAGCCCAAAAAUUGUACUAUUCUUCAGCUUUUUCACAUAAGAGAAAGCACGAAGCAAUCAAGAUACUACCAGACAGAAUGUUCAAAUGUUUCAUCCUAGCGUUAAAUGAAGGUUGUAAACAACUUUAAUGGUGACGUAUUGGCACCGGUAACAAUUGGUAAUAGUAAUAGUUUAAGAAUUUUAGACAGCUUUUUCCUCAUACUCUCAAAAGUUUGCUACCAGUAACUUGGAGUAUUGUACGCCAUCGACCAUUUAAAUCGCAUUUUUUUCAAGUCUUGUCACCAUGGCAUAAUCGACAGUGCGUGAUAAGGGGGUACGAAAGGGAAUGAGGCAAGGCAAUAUACCAUAGCUCUUUCAAAAAGCGGUUAACUGAGAAACGAUGGAACGGCGCGAAAGAGAGGAGCACAACACCUCAGAGGUGUAGGGGUAUGUUGAAGCCGAUGGUACAAACUAUGAAGGGAACGAAAGCUCCUUGCAAGAAAUGGUAAAUCAAUCGUUAGAAUGAGCAAAAACAAUAAGAGAAUUCUGGGUGAUUGAUUAAAGAAUGAGCAUUAGGUGUGUUCCAUGAAGGAGUAGGAAACAAAAAACGAUGAAUAUGAUGCUGGCAAUCAAACUGCCUUCAUUCAGUUUAGAUGUGAUUUUGUAAGCGAAACCAAGUUAGUGCAGAUGAGUAAAAGGAUGUGAACCAAGCAUAAGAAGGAGAGCUGCUUGCAGCAGUAUUGGACAUUUAUUCACAAUUAUUCGAAUCAUCGUAACAGACACACAUGCCAAGUAAUUAUUCUGAAAGCAGAAUCGCAAGAAUGUGUGACAAAACGUGCGUUGCCGUACCACAUAUUACCGAAUUGGGUUUUUUGGCGAUUUCGCUGAGUCAUUGAAACUCGAAUGAAGAAUUACUACUAGAAGAUAUGAUAUCCUGGCAAUGUGAGUCAAACAGUGAACGCAGAAAAGAUGAUACACUUGCCAACUUGAGACUUCUUAAGACGCUCACUUCUGUCGCUUUUUCUCAUUAGCGCAGAGCGAAAAGAGUGCAAAUUUAUAACUCAACAUCAUUAGUUCUCGUAAAGGGUUAGUGUCGACAACAAUGGAUCGAUGAAUGAAGAAGAAAUCUUAAUAGAUGGCAGGAAAAGGUAGGAAGAGGAAGAGAACGCUAUAAGCAUAAAUCAAAUUACUACUAGCAAAUGUUGCCAUACAGUAAUAAGUGAAUCGAUUACGCCAGAGUGGAUUUAAAAAAGGAAAAAUACUACGCAAAAGAAGGGUAUAUCUUAUGUACGCUAAACUGAACCAACACACGAAAGACUAGUGAAGGGCUACGACGGAGAGUGUCCAUAAUGUGAGUGGAAACAGAUCAUUUGGAAACAGAUGUGGAACCCUGAUCAUUUGAUGAACAUUAAGAAGACGAUAGCAUAGACCGGCGAAAUACCAAACCCCACAAGAAAUACGAUGGGGCGCGAUAACACGAGAGAGUAGAAUGGCGUGAAGAAAGGAGGCUCAAAUAUUGUCAAUACUUGUCAGCGAAAUGAUGGUCUCUGAACUUUCCGUAGUCUUAUUAUCGUCUAAACAUCCACCAGCCAAUUCCAUCGCUCGCUUUGAGUGAGGUGUGCAAAAUUAUUACUAUUUGUGUGUGUGUGUAUUUCGAACAAUAUUGUGUGUUCUUAGGUAGUAAACGGAUGUUAUGUGUUUAGGGUGCUAAGUUUUAGUAGCAGUUUGUUUACUUUAGGUUUUGGCUUUAGAUCUUUGCUACACGAAACAAAUGAUUCAAAUCAGCGUUUAUUUUAAGUUUGUAAACACUACCAUCCGAGUGGUAAUGGUAAAACGCUUUCUAGCGACAAUUAGCCGCACGAAUAGAGGCUGAUUAAAGCGCUAUAGCUGCUUUCUAAAAGACCCUAAGCUUGUCUUCUUGUGUGCAACACAGCGGGGGAAACGUGUGGUAGUCCGGUUUAUCUACUCUAGCAAUAAGAAGAAGAGAACUGUUUUUUUUGGAGCAAAGCAUAUCAUCUCUUCCGGAGCGCCCAUUCCGGAUAUUGAAGAAGUGCAUGCCCAUUGCCGUUCAUCAAUGCGGAGAGCAGCCAACAUGCCAGUGAAGGCAAGCGCGGCUCUCUAUGCACCACGUAUAAAAUGAGUCUGAAUUGCGAGUGAGACAGUGAUGUGUAGUGUACUAGCUUCAUCUUAAAGCCAGGAGUCCGCAUCGUGAGUCAUGAAUCGAGAACCCGCUUUUGGGAACCAUAUGCACCAAACUGCAACGCACAGAUAACAAAAGAUUCGACUGAUCGAAACCAGUAAGACUGAUUGAUUCGAAUUGCGCUUGUAUGUUGGGUGCUGAUGGUUCUGUUUCUCGAUGCACACACGGCACACUGUCUAACUAACGAGAGAACCACUCCUGUGUUCCAAGUAUAAACCAUUUGUAAUGACGGGUGUGCAGCACUAGGUAGUAGACCAAGCAACAGUAAAGGAAUGCAAUAAAUGGCAAACCAGUUGUUUUUAAUAGGAGCGCGAAACACUGAAUAUACUGAUUGAUCGCCAACCGACGACACGCCGCGUCGGUAAGUUCCAAAUCAAUGAUUAACUCCAAAGACUAGCAAAAAUCUGAUGUUCUACUCUUUUUACAUAGACAUUUUUACAGACUUUACAAGUUUUCUUAAACUAAAGCACUUAGUAAGAUAGAACAGCAAAUGACAACAUCACAAAGACUCGUAAAAUUGGUUUAAAACAGACAUAAGCAUAUUUGGAUGAAUGAGUAGUAUUUUUUUUAUUAAAGUAUCCUAUCAUUUUGCAGCAGAUAAAAACAACCUUACUUUUCCUCUGCAAAUCACUUCCUAGUAUUCAGGAGCUUAAUGCUCUACGAUAGUAAGAGCUGAGAAGCCGCAAAAGUUUGCGAAAAUCGUAGUAUAAGUUCAUUGCCGUUCCCUAUAUGAGUUAUUAUUAUUCGGAAACAUUAACUAGCAUAAAAUUUGCCAGCCCUGGGAUAACGGAAAAGUUUCUGGCAUCUAACAAAAGAGGAUACCAUUAUCUGGCUACAACUACAAGUCAAAAUUAAACGAUAACUAUGUUCGUGAAAUGUAGCUAAUAAAAGACCGCUCGGUACUGCAAAUUCUCUGCUUAAGUGCACGCUGAAUGAAGCUAUAUAGUCUAAUGAUGCAAAAGAAGGAAGAAGUUGUACGCGACGUCGUAAAUUAAUUUGGAGAAAAUCCCAGAUCCGUGUGUGUAUUGUAGCAGUAGGGAAACAAAAAGUCUUAUACUACAAGCACAACCGUGUCGAAAGCAGCGAAUCACAGCGGUUGUAUCACUAUCACUGCCGUAUCAUGCGUCAUAUAAGUUUGAGAAAAAAUCUUAAAGGAAUUUUAAAUUAAAUUUACAGAUGAUAAACGUUCCGCUUCGGCUUGCUUAAAACAGAAUAAUAAACAGAAGAAAAAAAACUAUCUUUAGAACCAUUGAACAAUGAAAAUCCAUUUAGUACAACUUAGAGGCAAAUCAGAGCAAAUAUUUGAUACCACGACAGACUGGCUACCGGAUGUAGUAGAUAAAUAACCAAGAGUGUGACGAUAUAAGCUAUUAAUACUGUAUUACGUUUAUUGUGCUACUGUGAACGGUAGAGAAAGAGGAAAGGAGCUAUUACUUUGAAUAACCAACAACACAAAGCCGCAGAAAUGGUUACCAUUGACUGAAAUAUACAAAUGUACUAAACUAAAAAUUACAAUAAGCAAUCAAAAUGCAAACAAAAAAAACAAACCCGAGAGUGCGCUGCAAACAAUGCUAACCUGCAUGUGUGUGCGGCAAUCGAACAGGUAUAAAACAAUUCCCAUUGCGUUGUUGUGAAACACAGAACGAACGAAAUGAACCUACAAAAAUCUCUGUGCACUGGAGAAAAAACACAGCAAUUGAUAAAGGGACAGCCGGUAAAAGAGGAGAAAAACCUAGGCGCAUAAGAAUCGAAAUCUUCAUAUGAUGAUUGAUUUUUAUCAUUUACAUCCCGUUUCAUCAUUCACACACCAAUAGUUAUCACCAGCAUAUAUGUAUAUUGCAAGCACACAAUACAUCAUACGUCACAUCAUGCAAGAGAAAAACCAUACAUUCAUUACUUAAUUUAAAUAGGCUAAAGCGAGAGUAGGAGGGCUCCAUGCUUCGUGUGACAAAUCACCGGAGAACGAAAGUAAACGCUGCAUAGUGGCAGAAAAAAAAAUGCAUAAAAAAUGUUCCAAUACCGAAGGUAACUUUAUCCGCAAAAGCGCCGAUUGUGGAAAGGUGAACAAUAUUACUUUAUCACUGAGAAAAACCACUAGCAUUAAAGAACAAAAUAUACCACCGGAGAAGUACU